AUGAGUUUAAUUUUAAAACACGAACAACACAAAUUCGAAGGAGACGGUUUCUUCUCAGCUCUAUCAUCUCUCAUCCCAAAAGUAGCCAACUUUGUCUCAAACAACAAAUCCCUCAUUUCCUCAGAGGCGCAAGCUCUUGGAUCUGUAGCAAAAGCAGGAGUAAAUAUAAGCGAAGCAGUGAAAAGAUCUAACGAGUUGAAAGAAUUACAACAUAUAAGAGAAAUGCGAAAUAAAAGAUUAAAAAAUAAAAAAGGCAGUGGUAUGAAUGAAGAUGAAUUAGCCGCAUUAGAAACUAAACUUAAUGAUAAUAGUGAAAUAGUCGCUAUUAAAAAACAAUUACUCACUCUAGUAGAUACAACUCAAUUAAAAAAUUUAAAAUCAUUAAUAUCUAAAUUAGAUGAUAAGAUAACAAACCAAAAAAUAGACCUUAAUCAAUUAAUAGAUAAUAUUAUUCCAGGUAUAAGUGAAGAUAAAUUAGCCGCAUUAGAAACCAAACUCAAUGAUAAUAGUGAAAUAGUCGCCAUUCAACAACAAUUAGACAAUCUAGUAGAUACAACUCAGUUACAAAGUUUAAGUUAA